AUGGACCCGGCCUCCGAGGAGCUCGAGCGCCGCAGCCGCUACCUCAGCGCGCUCGUGCGCCGCACCAAGCUCGCCGACCCGCCGCAGCCCGAGCCCGAGCCGGAGGCGGAGGCGGUGGAGGCCAAGGCCAAGGCGGACGUGGAGCCGGAGCUCAAGGCGCCGCCGCGCCCGCACGUCGGCGGCGAGGAGUAA